AUGAACAUCUCCAACCCCCGUCGAGUAUCCUAUUUGCGAGCUUCAGCAUAUGGGCCGGAUAUUUCUGUUCGCCCACGUUCGUUCAAUGUCGGCAACUUCCACUCUGUUGAUUUCAUUACCUUCAAAGCCGCAUGCGAGGCCGAACGCGCCGCGAAACCCGAUUAUGUGGACAUCGAAAGUGUCAUCGAACCGAUCCCUCGUCCCGAUUCUCGCGAGAAAAUCCGCCGCAUGUUCACUGUCUAUCCAUAUCGCGACAUGGGAUGGCUUGUAUCGAUUGUGUUCAUGCUCGGCAGCAUCGCGUUCUCGAUCAAUGCUGGGGUUGCAUUGCUUAUUGCAAAGGAUCCGAGUGCUGCCUCCGCCGAAAAAGCCACCGUAUCUCUGGUGUCAAUUAGUACGGGCAGCGUGCUGUUCCUACUAGUCGGCUUCAUGGGCCUAUUGACGGCAUUCAAUGUUGAUCGUAGGGUCAUUGACCUAAAAGUGGAUGAUGAUGGGGCUUAUAAGCCGGCUCUGAUUGGAAGCAGUGAGUGGGUGUGGUGGCCGACGUGGCUCGAAUUGCGCACUGUAUACUUGCCAAACCUGGCAUUUCGAGCAGGUCUCGUCCAGCUGGUGGGUGGUAUCGCCUUCACCGUUACGGCUGUCGCGGGUCUACCUGGCGUUAUCGACCUCACUGAUCCUUCGAAGAUCUUGACUUUCAUAUCUGCGCCGCAAGUCAUUGGUGGCUCUAUGUUCCUAUGCGCCAGUCUAAUUCUCUUGUUCUUGGCGCAAGACAAGUGGUAUAGGCCGAAACCAUUAGACGCAAGUUGGCAAAAUGGCAUAUGGAACACAAUAGGUGCGAUAGGGUUUUUUACUGUGGGACUCAUCUCAGUUCUAGCGCCAGCGCAGGCUGUGGCAUCUGCUUCCCUUUUUCUUCUUGGAGGCGGGAGCUUCUUCAUUGGAAGUCUGAUUCAGUGGUAUAUGAUCAUGGAGCACUACCCAUCCUAA